GUCCUUCUCGGCGCUGUGAUGAUGCGUGUUGGUGCCAAGAUCAAGGACGAGGAUUUCCAGUAUCUGCGCGAACUGGUGCCGCGAAUCGUAUCUCAUGACGGCUACACGUCUCCGCUUGCUGACCUGGGCUUUCGGGGUCCUGGCAAGGCGCAGUUUCUUGCUGCUCUGGACAACUACAAACCUGGUGUUCCUCGUAGCUUGAGCGAUCCGAGCUGCUUCCACUGCGGAAAGAUAGAGCAAGACACUGGCAAGGCACCCGUGCUGUGUUCCCAGUGCAAAGGUGCUUGGUACUGUGACAAAGACUGCCAGAGAGCCCACUGGCGUGCCCAUCGGUCCACCUGCAGAGGUCUCGACAAGCCUCGCUUCCUUGCCAACGUCUGA